CACAAUCUUUGUUCCCCCUCUUCCCUUAGACCUCUCCGCUCACCGGCUGCAAAUUCAUAUCCUCAUAGGAUAAGCCUCCACUUUGUUCAACAAUUCAGCCUCUCCAAACCCUUCCUUUUUGCCUCACAAAUAAACGAAAAAAAAGAUCCAUCUUAUACUCCUUCGAAUUGAAGGCUAUAUACCAUUACCAGAUUGUUUUUAUCAUCUAGAAACUGAACCAGUUAAAUCCCAGACACGAAAGCUUCCACAUUUUUCUUUGAGGAAAACAAACAAUUUGCGAUAAACCCAGAUUCCAGAUAGCAUUUUUGUAUCUCAAACAGUUACUAAAGUUCCAAUUUUUGUUUCUUUUGACUUGUUUGAAGCUAACCCAGAUAGCAUUUGCUAUCUAACUGAAAAGCGUGGUACAAUUUGCUACUUGCUGUGAUUCUCAAUUUGCAUUCUUAAAAUCUGCAUGAGUUUAGAAGAAAUCAAAAGUGAUUAUUGGUGCUUCGAAUUCUGGACUGAUAAGAAGUUGAAUACGCAACAGCCAAAGCUAGCAUGGCAAUGGUCGCGGUUUCAAACUCUCAGCUAUCUUUCAAUUUGUUUAACUUCUCUGUUACCAGAAGAGAAGCCUCUAUAUCGAGACAAGCUGCUUGUGGAAUUCGCCAUCGCUUCUCUUCUAGCCGACGGUUGAAUCUCAACUCCCCUCCCAGUACUACUCAUAGUCAUAGUUUUGACAGCUUUAAAUCGAGAUGUUCGAUAAUAAAUACUGAUGUUCACUUCAACUAUGUGGCUACCGAUGAUGAGGAUUUAUCAGCCAAAAAUAGUGAUUGUUUUUGUACAACUCCAAUACUUCAGCUUACAUCUGAUGUUCUUCCGACUGAAUCUUUGAGUAUACUAACAGGGGAUACUUAUGUAGAUAGUCUCUUGACAGCACUCCCAGUACUAUCAGAGGAGGAGCAGAAGGCUCUUUAUGCAACUCCGGCACACCCACUGGCAUUAUAUGCAUUUUAUGCAAGCUGUCUGGCUGGGAAUGUAGUGGAACAACUUUGGAAUUUUGCUUGGCCUUCUGCUCUUGCGUUGCUUCAUCCAAGCCUUCUACCAGUGGCCGUCAUGGGAUUCUUCACUAAGUUUAUUAUCAUCAUUGGAGGCCCUUUGGUUGGAAAACUUAUGGAUCAUUCUCCAAGAGUACCUUCAUAUAUCUUUUUGAAUGUUGUUCAGGCUUCUGCUCAAUUGUUGUCAGCGGCAAUGAUAAUUCAUGCUCAUAGUGUUUCUUCUACUUCUGCCUCAUCUAUUCUUCUACGUCCUUGGUUUGCUAUGCUAGUCUUAGCAGGAGCUAUUGAGAGGCUAUCUGGAGUAGCACUGGGGGUUGCUAUGGAGCGUGACUGGGUUGUGCUGUUAGCUGGAAUUAGUAGACCAAUUGCACUGGCACAAGCUAAUGCUGUUCUCAAUCGAAUAGACCUGCUCUGCGAGAUAGCUGGCACUUCAUUAUUUGGAAUUCUUCUCUCUAGAUAUGAUCCAGUAACGUGCUUAAAGUUUGCUGCUGGGUUGAUGAUGUGGUCAUUACCUGUUAUGAUUGCUCUGACAUGGUUAACAAACAAACUUUCUACUGGAGUUCUUGACCGUGCCAAGUGUUCACAAUCCUGUUGCAUAUCAUCUGAUGGAGGGCCUCUUCCAGAUGUUGAUAACUUCUUUAAUACAGGUUUGGAAGCCAUCAAGCUUGGCUGGAGAGAAUACAUACAGCAGCCAGUUCUUCCUGCGAGCCUAGCAUAUGUGCUCCUAUACUUCAAUGUUGUUCUCACUCCAGGAAGUUUAAUGACGGCGUCUUUAACUCAGCGUGGUUUAAAUCCAUCUAUUAUUGGGGGGUUUAGUGGAUUAUGUGCUUUCAUGGGUGUUGCUGCAACCUUCAUAUCUGCAACUUUGGUCGAGAGAUUCGGCAUUUUAAAGGCUGGGGCAAUCGGAUUAAUUUUUCAGGCUUCACUUCUCACCAUAGCCGUUGCUGUUUGCCAGAGUGCAUCCCUUGCCCACAGGAGUCCCCUUCUUGUCUUCUUAUGUUUGAUUGUAUUAUCAAGGUUGGGACAUAUGUCAUAUGAUAUUGCCGUGGCACAGAUUCUGCAAACAGGAAUCCCAUCAUCCAAAGCAAAUCUUAUUGGAACAACUGAGAUUUCUGUUGCAAGUUUAGCCGAGUUACUGAUGUUGGGAGUCGCAAUAAUUGCAAAUGAAGGUUCGCAUUUCGGGUUUCUGGCAAUGCUGUCAUUGUUGUCGGUAGUUGGAGCCGCAUGGAUAUUCUGCCGGUGGUUGUCGAAUCCUACAGAUGAACAAAGAACCCUUUUCUCUUUUGAUCCACAAUUUUAGUUAGAGAGUUUCCAUUGUUUUUUCUCGGGUUUACAUAUCUAUUCAAUUGUCUUCUCUCAUAUUUUUCUAAAGUCAUCAACAGCAAAAUGCCGUGGAAAAGUAAUGAGAUGAUUUAUUACAGUCUAAAACAUCGUUCAUAUCCAAUUUACAUACUGAGAUGCCCGCUAUAUAUAGUUUGAUCCAACAUGGUUCUAUGAUUUUAUGGUC